CCUGAAUUCGAUAGUACAACAUGUAGGUUAAUAUAAUUUAUCAAUACAAUUAACGGAAGUGUGUAUGAUAUAUCAAAGUUAAACUACUACAUGUUCCAAGCGCAUUGCAUACAUCCUACAACCAGCAUAGUAUACAACAGAACAGUAUCAACCUCAAUAACUUGACAUCCAAGAUGUCAUUCUUUGAAGAUGCUAAGACAUUUUAUACAGAAUUUCUAAAGAGAGGUGAUCCUAGAGUAGAAGAAUGGUUUCUUAUGCAGACCCCCGUUCCAAUUAUGAUAUUAUUUUUUUCUUAUAUUUUCGUUGUGCUUGUCAGUCCUAGAGUUAUGAGGAAUGUACAACCACUAAAUCUAAAAGCAAUAUUAAUCCCAUACAACUUUAUUUUAGUUGGAUUAUCCAUUUACAUGUUUUUAGAGUUUCUUACUGUUUCAUUAUUGUCAAAUUAUAGUUACAAAUGUCAGCCAGUGGAUUAUUCAGACAGUCCCUUGGCCAUGAGAAUGGCUAAGGUUUGUUGGUGGUUCUUUUUCUCGAAGGUUAUAGAACUUUUAGAUACGGUAUUUUUCAUAUUACGUAAAAAGUUUAAUCAGGUAUCAUUCUUACACGUGUAUCACCAUUGUACAAUGAUAUUGAAUUGGUGGAUGGGUGUCAAAUAUGUCGCUGGAGGACAGUCUUUCUUUACUGGGAUGCUAAAUUCCUUUGUACAUAUAUUUAUGUAUUCCUACUAUGGACUUGCGGUUUUUGGACCACAUAUGCAAAAGUAUCUUUGGUGGAAGAAAUAUCUUACAAAACUUCAAUUGACACAGUUUGUGGCGUUUGUUAUACAUACUGGAUAUAAUUUAAUAACUGACUGUGACUUUCCUCAAGGCUUUAAUGUUGCCGUGUUCAUUUAUGCAAUAACACUAAUUUUACUAUUUGGAAACUUUUAUUACCAUUCCUACCUACAAAGUCAACGAGAAAAGAAGAAAUUUUAUUAGGAUAUUUUAUGAAAUAUUAUAAUACAUGUCUUAUGCUAUAUAUGAUUUGCUCAAAUAAAAAAAAUAUACCUGA